CGCUCGGGGAGCCGGCAGGGCCUGCGCUAUUUACUGCAUGACAAACGGCAGCAGUGAAGCAAAAAUAAAGGGGUAUUGGGACAGACAAAGCAGAACUGUGGCGAGGACAAUUUUUCAGUAGCUUUCCCCUCAGUUGUGUAUUUAGCAGCAUACGCUAAAUAGCAACAUGUCCUCAAAGAAGAAAACUAAGAUAAAUCAGUCCAGAAGUAAAUCAAAGGAACGCAAAGCCACCUCCCAUCCGCACAGGAAGCUACCUCAGCUCGAGGAACCAGAUGUCUCGAGGAUACUGAAGGUAGCGGAAGCAAACCAGCUUGAGGAGCUUGGCGAUUCCUUUGAUCACCCUUUGCACAGUACUGCUGUGGAUGCCUACGCAGAGGAGCAGUCCCGAGAGUCACCGGGUCACGUUUCAGCACUGCAAAGGAGAAAUGCAGACAGAAGCAAAAAAAGACAUCACUCAAAAACAUCUGAUGAUGUUGAGAAUUCAGACACAGAUGAUCCUGGAGAUGAACCCCUGCAGGAAAAUGUGAAGCCUCUGAGUACCACCCAAUCCAAGGCGAAAAAGAAGCCGCCUCCAGAGAGCAACAUGUCAGAUCCUUCUGUGGAUAGCCCGUGUUCUGUACAGGUUUGGUGUCCCAAAGAGCUGAAGAGAUCUCCUAGAGAUAUUACAGAACUGGAUGUUGUUCUGGCAGAAUUUGAGAAGAUAGCAGCGAAGUACAUGCAAAGAGUAGAAUCAAAUGUUUGCAGAAUAGCUCUCAAUGGCUUCUGUUCUGCCUUCAAGGACCAAGUCACCAGUCUGAUCAUGGAAGCCCAGGAAUUAAAGAAUACAAAGAAAAAAAAUGCUAAGGUAAUGACAGACAUCAAAAAGAAAAGGCAGCAACUGUUGCAACUGAAAGAAAAGCUAAUGAGAGAUGAACCACAAAAGCUACAACUACAAAGAGAAUAUGCUGAGUUAGAGGAAAGGAAAUCUGCCUUGAAGCAAGCAACUGCAUUACUGACCGAUUUAAAGGAGCUACAGCAAGACUGUUUGGAUUACAGAGAAGAAAACCCAAAAGAAAAAGUGGUAUACGGAACUGCCAGCCUCCCUGCUCUUCUGCUGGAGUCACGGAGAGUUCUAGGCGCAGAAAGACACUUUCAGAAUAUAAAUACAAAACUGGAAGAGGCUCUGGCUGUACAAAGAGGGAAGAUAUCCGAGAAAUGUUAAGCGUUUUUAAUGCACCUUUUGACAUUCAGUGGGAAUAAUCAUUAGAAUGGUCAAUGCUUAAAGUCUGCUUAAUCAUCCUUGCUCUGUUUUACUUUGUUCUUUAAGAGAAGUCAGUGACUUAAUCAGAGCUUGUGUCUUUCUCAGACAAUCUGUGUGACAACUUACUCAGAAUGUCAGUGAAAUUAAUGAAAUAGCAA